GACGUCGAAUGCUUGCUUUAAUUGAUAUGCAGUUACGUCAAGCUUUUCCUGAAUAUAAGAACGAACCUUUUAAUUCAUUAUCUAAUAAUGGUAUUGUUGCAUAUAAACACUUUCAUGAAAUGUAUAAACUCAAUAUCAUGCAACGUCAAUCUGGAGAUUCUGAAGAACAACAAGAAUUUAGAGAUAUUCUCUUACGGCUACGCAAUAGAGAAUCUACAAUUGCUGAUUGGAGAACACUUAGUACACACAAAUUGAGAUCCUUAAACAUUCCUGUUGCAAAAAUUCUUGUAGUGCAUCAUAGAGGUAGUAAAGAAGCCAAAAAUGCUGAUUCAGAUGCAGCAAGUGAUCUUGAAACAGAAUUGUUACUGGCCAGAAAUGCUCGCAUUAUGCUAACAGCAAACCUGUAG